GAGUGUGGACAAGUAUUGUAUUGUCUUGGCAUUUUGGAUCUUCACUAAGUACUGUACUUAGUUAUUAGCCUCUCCUCCUCAUCACUCCAGCAACCUUAAUAAAACAAACAUGGGAAACACAUCAUCAAUGCUUACUCAGUACGACAUCGAAGAAGUUCAGGAACACUGCAACCACACCUUUUCGCAGCAGGAGAUAGUGUCACUGUACCAAAGGUUCUGCCAACUCGAUCGCAAUGGCUCUGGUUUCAUCUCUGCUGAGGAGUUCUUGUCCGUACCUGAAUUCGCUGUCAACCCUCUCUCUCAGAGAUUGUUGAGGAUGUUGGAUGGAUUGAACUUCAAGGAAUUUGUAGCAUUCUUGUCUGCAUUUAGUCCUCAUGCCACCUUGCAGCAGAAAGUUGAAUUUAUUUUUAAGGUGUAUGAUUCGGAUGGCAAUGGGAAAGUCACAUUCAGUGACAUGUUGGAAGUUUUGCGGGAUUUGUCAGGACAAUUUAUAUCUGAACCACAGAGGGAGCAAGUUCUGACCCAUGUCCUUGAGGAAGCAGGCUACACAAAGAAUUCUUUGUUGGGUUUGUCUGACUUCAUGAAGAUUCUUGGCAAUACUGGUUUGAAGAUGGAGGUCGAAGUUCCAGUGGAUUAAAGUGAGGGUAGUAAUAAUUUCUCAUUUGAUUGUGUUCCAUUAUAGUACUUGUAUUGCACCAUUCUGCUAAUGGAACCAUGGGCAAGGCAAUGGUUGUAAAUGUACCUAAUUAAUAAACUUGGAAGAUCUUAAAAAUAUGGUAAACUGUGAAUAACUUUUCAAUUUUCAACUUGGGAGGAUAGUUUAGACCUCGUUGGUUGAUUUUAUAGCGAAUUAAAUCAACUUGUUAAGUUAAA